AUGUCGGACUUACAAGCAAUACUGAAGGAUUGCGUCGGCUUCUUAGGUCAUGAGCUUGUCAUCCUCCGUGAAAGCUCAAUUGCUCAGCUGAUCCAACUCAUAAAUAUUCAAAAUAUUCAAAGCUUUCUGCCGACUCUACUCGACGCGGUGAAUGUCCAAAGUAUAGAUUCUGUAAAGUCCAUCCUCCGAGCCGUUUCAAAACAGGAACAGAUUUCCGAAGACUGUAUUGGUGAGAUUCUUCUGGCAUAUGUGCCCACCGGGGAAACUAAGAUAUUCAUUUAUGAUUUGGCCAUGCUGUUUGCCUCCUACGAUGUGGUGCUGAGUUUUCUCCGUAGCGCAAAAGUAAAUCCUUAUGAAUGGCUCAAGAGCUUCAGCGCGAAUUUUGACGAGUCAAACGAAAAGCUGCGAGCAGUGGGGCGUACAGCGAUGUUGCACGAUGAGAUUGGCGUUGAUGUUGCGCGGCUUAUGUUUGACAGCAUUUCCGGAAAUGAGCCGCUGCUGACAGUGUUAUUAGCCGACUUGCUCAAAGCGCUUGAUUUGGCAAUAUCAAGGAAGACCAAGCUGAUCGAUGUGAAAGUUUUGCUUCAGAAAGUCUUCUCGAUAAUCCACGUGGAAAAGAAAAUCCUAGAUGAGCAUCAGACUUUCCUCGUUGAUUUCAUGGUUCGAAAUGUCACCUUUAUAAGUUUCCCUGAACGCUGUGGAACACCACUGUUGAAGAUUAUCCUGGAAAAUCACCCACUUCUUUUGCGAGUUUUCUCAUCCUGCGCUUACGAAUUCAAUCUCCUUGGUAUAAGCAAGGAACUUGUUGACCACAUUGAUUGUAGUCGAUUGGGAAGACAUGAGAAACUUGAAAUCACUGCGGCUUUUGCUUCUGUUUUGGCUGUUACAAGAGAGCCAAAAGUUUCUUCCUUCAUCGAGAAGCUUUUCUCAUUCGAAGAUGUCCCCAAAAAACCACAGCCUCCUAAUUUUCAAACGAUUUCAAAAGUUGAAUUUGACAUCCAUGUUCUAAAUAGUCUUCUUGCUUAUUGCCUUUCUUCUGACUCGACUAUCUCUAUCCAAGCUAUUGAUAUAUUGAAGACAAGAAUCCAAAACUGCGACGGUAAUGAUCAAGGUGUUGUUGUGGAAUUAUUUGGAAAGAUUCAAGCUCUGUGUUCUAACCCAAAGGCAAUGACGGAAGCCGCUUCCAGAGAGAUGAUUCUCUCUGUCCUGUCAGAUGUUUGCUUUCCACGAUUUAUGACUGUUUUAUCCUCAUCUGCACUUACUCAGCAUUUGACUUCUUCCGUCUCAUUUAUCCCUCUUGGUAUUAUCCUUCAAGCCCAGCAAGCUGUUGAGUGUUCCAUUUUGUUCUCAAAGUUUUACAAAACCGCUGAUAAGAUUUUAUUUGAUAGUAACUCAAGCGAGAGUAUUAUCUACAUUUGUACCGCGGCUAUCAUUUCUUAUGUUUCGCAAUCUCCUCACAAUUCUUCGGAAAUUUGUCGACUGGCAAUGGCCGUAUUGGAAAAAUCACCGACGGAAAAUGCAGACGCUGCCGCCCUUGCCGUUGAUAUUCUCGCGAUUUUGGUUGACUACGAGGAGCUAAAUCUCUUAUCGCUGUGGAAACAUUUUAAUUCCCAGUGGGCCAAAGAAGAUGAGCUCAGGACUGUGAUCAACGUCAUAAAAUAA